GAAGCCUUCUUGGAUGUUAGAGGGGAGCCCUCCGAGCUGACUUCAGAGAUCAAGGCUUUUCCUGGCACCCUGUUUGGGUUUAGAUGGGGGCAGCUCCCACUCCCACGGGCCCUUUGCCAGCUCAGUGGAGCCCCUUCUGCUACCCAGAGGAAAAGAAGGCUGCAAAAAAAUUCCAGCAAGAACAGUGGCUUAUUCCUCAAACAUUCAUGACUAAACUGAGCUAGGGAUGCGCCCUGUUUGUAUUGGUGAGCUUGCCCCCAGGCCCAAGAAAGGAGAUGUUUAACCAACUAGCCCUCAGAGCAGCCUCGCUUCAUCACCAGCCUACUGCCGGGACUAGGGCACCUCACUGGCCCUGGACCACCCUGCUCUCAGCGUUCCCUCCUUUGCUGCGGCUCUUCCCCUGAGUCUGGCUGUAUUUCUUUCCUGCAGCUUUAAGAAGACCAUUGCUCCGUGGUGGGAUGGUGUGUUAAAGCCACACAGAGGAAGUUACGCAGCCUGGAUCAGACAGUGAGAUAAAAGCUCCGAUUGUGAUUGAAAGUGAUGGCAAAAGGAUUUAGCCUCAGUAUUAACUUGGAGAGGAGUGGAGGGGGAGAGGGAGAGGGAGAUUUCCUAAAGCUCCCAGCCAUCUGUCCUGGAGCUCAGCUGGGGGGAUGCUGACCGUCCUAGAUGAGAAGAGGUGAAACCCACCACAACCCAGGAAGGACCAGAUCCCAACCACUGUGGGUUCUUUCUGUGCUUCUUUUCAGGGAGAGAGGGGGAAACAAAAGUUUAACUUGUUUGUGACCGACCUCCGACUCCACCCGAGUGGGAGGUGCGGGCAGGCUUGCCUGCCCCCCUCCCCUCAUCCAGCGUCUCUGGGACGGCUGCAGGCAGCUCCACAUGCAUCCUGAUUGCUCUCCAACCCCAAACUAGCAGCAGUAGCAGCAGCAGCAACAGCAGCAGCAGCAGGAGGAGGGAGGAGAAAGGACCAGCUUUCACCCCUACAUCCCCCUCACCCACCCAGUCAACAGUCAGAAGAGAGGCAGAGCCCAGAGGGGGUGGUGGUGCUUUGGCUGGCUGACUGACCUGCGCUCCUCGGUGGAAUCUGUCCGUCCCUCACUGCGCCUGUUAGAGAGGCUCCAAGCCGGGUGUUGUUGCUAAUGAGCACUCUCUCCUCCCUUCUUACAAUGAAAGACAAGCCAGACCCCAGGUACCUGGAUGGAUUGGUAGCUGAAGCUUCAGAAACUUCAUAAUAAGUUGCCUGUGGCUAGAAACCAAGGUCAGCUGGUCUCCUAUUAGUGCCUAUCCCCUCUUAAAGUAGAGCAAAACAACCCAUCCCCUGAUCAACACCUCAGUGGCUUUUUAUUUUUUCAAAUGAAUCACAAGUUAGCUGUCACUUUAAACCCAUAUGAAAGUCUUUCUAUUUUUUUGGUUCAAAACAUUACAUUCAGUCCCAAAGAGGAAUAUGUUUCCAGCUAACAUGUACACUACCUGACUUUAUUUUAUUUUAUUUCUAAUUCAGGCCUGGGGGGUUCAUUUUAAGUUCUUUCCAGCAUACCACACCGUAAGGACGCUUUAAACCCUUCAUUGAUUGGAAGGACAAAAAUUAAAAGCAAUCUGAUCCAGCUUCAUGCAAGAUCCCUGUGGGUUUUCUCCCUAUCCCAUUUCAAAAUCCUGUCACCAUUUGAAAGUGUGCCCAAUUUCAUCAGCUUCACCUGUAGGAAAAGUUACCCACUUUGCUAUGCCAAGAAUAGUGGAGUGUGAAGUUAUGGACGACUUUUUGAUUUGCCGGUCAACAGUGUGAGAAGCACUCACUCUGAGUUUUCCAUAUCAGCUGGCCAGACUUGCCUUCUGGACAAAGAGGCUCCUUCUUGCCUACAAACCAGUGGUCCUUGGGUAUCUGGAAUGUCCCUGGCCACUCCUGUUUGGUAGAUGUGGCAUCUCCAUGUUGAGCCCAUCAUUUACUCCUAACCCAGACGCUGCCUUUCCAGGGCCUCUUGAGGCCCGGAGUCCAGGGCCUCCACCUGCUGUCAUGCUGCUCCUGGCGUCCCUUCUGUUGCACUGCCUCCCACUGGCCAUGGCAGACUAUGACAUUUGCAAAUCCUGGGUGACCACGGAUGAGGGCCCAUCCUGGGAGUUCUAUGCCUGCCAGCCCAAGGCCAUGAGCAUGAAGGACUAUGUCACAGUGAAGGUGGAGCCCACUGGCAUCACCUGCGGAGAUCCCCCAGAGAGAUUCUGCACUCAUGAAAACCCAUACUUGUGCAGUGAUGAGUGUGAUGCUUCAAACCCAGACCUGGCCCACCCACCUCGGCUCAUGUUUGACAAGGAGGAUGAGGGGCUGGCCACCUACUGGCAGAGUGUGACAUGGAGCCGAUACCCAAGUCCACUGGAAGCCAAUAUCACCCUUUCCUGGAACAAGAGUAUUGAGCUGACUGAUGACAUAGUGGUGACCUUUGAGUAUGGUCGGCCCACUAUCAUGAUGCUGGAAAAGUCACUGGACAAUGGGCGGACAUGGCAUCCCUAUCAGUAUUAUGCUGAAGACUGCAUGGAAGCCUUCAACAUGCCUCCCCGCAGGGUCCGUGACUUGUCCUCUACAAGUGCCAAUCGGGUGGUGUGCACAGAGGAGUAUUCCCGGUGGGCUGGCUCCAAGAAGGAGAAGCAUGUGCGCUUUGAGGUGCGGGACCGCUUUGCCAUCUUUGCUGGCCCAGAUCUCCGCAACCUGGACAACCUCUACACCAGACUGGAGAGUGCCAAGGGACUCAAGGAGUUUUUCACCGCCACUGACCUGCGCAUGAAGCUGCUUCGGCCCGCUUUGGGUGGCACCUAUGUUCAGCGAGAAAACCUCUACAAAUACUUCUAUGCCAUCUCCAAUAUUGAGGUCACUGGCAGGUGUAAAUGCAACCUCCAUGCCAACCUGUGUUCCUACAAAGAAGGCGGCCUUCAGUGUGAGUGUGAACACAAUACCACCGGCCAGGACUGUGGCAAAUGCAAGAAGAACUUUCGAACUCGCUCAUGGAGAGCAGGGUCCUACCUGCCCCUCCCUAAUGGCUCCCCUAAUGCAUGUGCGGCUGCAGGCUCCGCCUUUGGCAGAAUCAGUCAGCCAAAGAAGGUCACUGUCCCCAAGGCCACUGCCACCUCAAUGGCCCCUGAGGUGACCAUCACCACUUCUACUCCCACAACCCCCACCAUACAAGCCCUCACCCUUCCCAGCACCCAACAACCCACAGGGGUCACUGCCAGUGGGCAGCCUGUUACCAGGGCAAGUGGAAGAACUCAGGGAAGUCCAGAGUGGACCAGGUCAUCAACAGCUGCCCCUCUGCAGAUGGGCACCACUAUGCCCAAGGUUAACACCAAAACAGAAGCCACCACCACUGUUGCUGCCCCCAUUGUUGCUGCCCCUGCCAAGAUCUCCAAACUUUUCCAGCUCAAGCCUAAGUCUCCUCAAGUGGUGCCCAUUGAAGUGUUCAAAGACUGUGAGUGUUAUGGUCAUUCCAACCGCUGUAGCUACAUCGACUUCUUGAAUGUGGUGACCUGUGUGAGCUGUAAACACAACACCCGAGGCCAACACUGCCAGCACUGCCGCCUGGGCUACUACCGCAAUGGCUCUGCCGAGCUUGACGAUGAAAACGUCUGCAUUGAAUGUAACUGCAACCAGAUAGGAUCCAUCAAUGACCGGUGCAACGAGACCGGUCACUGUGAGUGCCGAGAAGGGGCUGCGGGGCCCAAGUGUGAUGACUGCCUUCCCAGUCACUACUGGCGCCAGGGCUGCUUCCCCAAUGUCUGUGACGACGAAUCCUUACUCUGCCAAAAUGGGGGGACGUGCUACCAGAACCAGCGUUGCCUCUGUCCCAGUGGCUACCAGGGCGUGCUGUGUGACCAGCCUCUCUGCCAGGGGGACGAAGGCCAAGCCUGCGACCCUGCUUCCCAUGCUGGCCCCCACCUCGCUGUGCUCCUUGGCUCUGGGUUGCUUCUGUGGUUGGCAGGCUGCCUAGGUUACUGACACCGCCUCAUCCUCAAAGCUGGGGGCAAGGAGGGAGCACCAGGGCAAAGGUGCCCCCUCCCUCUCUUCACCCCCCAGGGACUGCCUCACCACCAGGACUGUUCACCUCCAUUCCAUCCUCACUCACGUCCUUCCGAAUACCAGGAGCAGUCACAGAGACCUGGCCGAGGAACAUUAAUCCUUCCUGCUAGAAGGGUGCUGGUCAGGCCCUUCCUCGGGCUUCCUCAGCAAAGUCUCUGCUCUGUCUCCUUCCAUGGACCCUUGACCCAUCCUCUCUUCCCAACGUAGGCCAUUGUUCAGGGCCUGGGACCCAGUUCCCCCUGCCAAAGCAAACAACCCUACAAUUUUGGUUUUACCUCUAGUUUUGUGGGGGAGGGAGGGACAGUGACCACUCUCCCUUUCCACACCCCAAGUUCUGACAAGGCAACAACCACAUCCCUCUCAAAUCCUUCUGGUGGACUGAGUACCAGCGGCAAACACCUGUCCAAUUCAUCACACAGCUGGGUGGACAACCUGGAAUUACAGUUGCCUACAAAUCUCGAUGCUGAAUUUAUGAUGUUUUGUAUUCUCACUUUGGUUUCCUUUUGCAAACCACCAGGCCCCCAAGGUCAGCCCUGGGGUUGAGGUGAGGAGAACUUCACUGUAUUGAGGUGGGGAAGGCUCUGAAGAGUGUAGGGAAUUAUUGUUUUGUAGAGAAUUAUUUUUGUUUGUAUUGUGUCCCACAUAUCAAGGGGACAGGAAGGGAAGAGCCAUUCACCCGGGGUGUUGGUAUGAUGGCAUAUAAUCCUACAGAGUAAAAGACCUGUUAACUGCUGUU